UUCCGUCUAUUGAAUUAGCCUCAUUGUCUUUAAAUGCUAUUUUCCAGUACCAAAAAUAGCUGGGUAAUUAUCAUUUAAGGCAAAUGCACAUGUAAGCUAGUGGAAGAAAGUAAGUAGGUAGCUGUGUGUGCACCUGACCAAGUACUAAUCUUGUACAUUCUUUCUCACCUUCGUUUUCAGAAACAACUUCAUCGCGUUGAGUAGAGCAUGUCAAAGAUCUGAAAUUGGUGAUAUUUCUCCCUAGAUUCACAUACUUUGUACCAAAAGAGUUCUAUGAAACUUUCUGCUUUUGACAUGAAAUUUGUUUUUGGGCUGUUUUAUUUCUUAAGCCAUUGGUCUGUCCGUCUAAGACUGUCUUCUUAAUCAGCCUCAGUGUCUCCAAUUACACAAAGCCAUUCAGGGGCGUAGCCAGGAUUUCCCUAAAGGAGGGGGCCAAACUGACAGGGGCUCAAGGUAACCCCCUCAAAAUUGAAAAAGUCAUCGGAUUUCAUCCACUAUUUUUGGAGGGGGGGGGGGCAAAUAAAUAUAUGAAAUAUUUAUUAGAAAAGAAAGGAAAAGAAUGUUAAAACUGAGGGGUGUUUUUGGGGCAAGCAUGAAGCAAGGCCCACGAAUAGCUUCAAAGAGUCGCUCAGCCGGUUCUGAGGGCGGUCUGAGGGCCCCGUAGGUCGGAUGAGUGUCCUUCAGACCGCCAAAGGCCUCCACAGCCCAUGAGAGCCUCGUAAGCCGUCUGAGGGUCAUGUAAGCCGUCUAAGGGCCACUCAGACCUAUAAAAGGCCCCCUUGCACGUGCAGAGGGCCCUGUCAGACCGAUGGAGGGCCCUCUCAGCCAAAGUAACGGCCCGUUCAGGUCAUUUGAGGUCCUCCUCAAACCGAUAGGGGCACCUCAGAGAUUGACAGUGGAUCCGAUCUGCGAUCCCUCAAACCGACAUAGGGUCAGACCAACAGUCGGAGACAAACAGAUCAACAGAGGGCCCGUCAGGUGAACAGAGGGCUCUCUCAGGCCGAUCGAGGGACCCAUAGGCCAACAGGGGCCCUCAGAACAGCGGAGGGCCUCUCCCAGGUCGGGAGAGGGCCCCUGAGACUGACAGAGGCCCCUCAUGUCGAAAGAGGAGCUCCUCAGGUGGGGAAAACGCCCCUCCAGUUGAUUAGAGGCCACUUCGGACGAACAACGGGCCCCUCAGGCCGAUCGGAAGCCCCUCAGACCGACAGAAGGCCCUCUCGGUCCAAAAAGGGCCCCUCAUGCAAAUAGCGGUUCCUUUAGACUAACAGAGGGCCCUUCAGAUGUUCUAAAUUAAAAUAUGCAUAUUAUUUACACCUUGAUUUUGUGCACACACCGUUGGACCCAUCCCAUCCACCUGGACCCCCUGGUUUCAAAAGGGCCCCAAGGCUCUAAAAUUGGGGCUCCAAAUUAUGGCUACGCAGCUGCAUCAAAUGAUCUGUCGCAGGGGCCUUUGCAUCGCCAAGGGCCCACUGUGUCAGCCAGGGGCCCUAUGGAAUAGGGGCCCCUGGCCUGGCGCGAUGGGGGCCCUAUUGGGCUUCAAGGGGGCAUGGCCCCUAUGGCUCCCCCUUGACUACGCCCCUGAAGCCAUUAAGUUGCUUUGUGUGCACAUAACCAGAUACUUAGGUACUUUAUUAUGCGCGAUUCACAGUGACAGUGGUCGCGUUACAGGCCAGAUGAAGCCGGUUAGCGGGGCGGGCCGUGUCCGGCUAUGAUGUACACGUUAAAUAUUCGACUCUAAAUUCUGCCUUGUACCCGAAAUUUCCCGAUCGGGCGUUAGAGGUCAGAACCUGCGCAACAAGCACCGCUUAGCGUUAGUUCUGACAUCGGAAAUCCACCCAUUCAAAGUAUUUUGAAUAAAUUUAUAAAAAUGAUCGGACAUUGGUAGGAGGGUGGGGAUAGGGAAAGGGUCGGGGGUCAGUGACAGGGCACUGUCGGUAAAAAAAAAAAUACGGUUGGGUCCUUCAAAGGAUAAAUAAGCUUCACCCUUCGCUCAUUGAGACAUUUGUGAUUGCUAUUGACUUACACUUUCUGUGACAUGUAAGGCUUAUAUACUACUUAUGUACUACUUAUACUAGUCUAUACUAGUAUAUAUAAGUUGUAUAUACUACUUAUAUACUACUUGUCAAUUCACUGUUAUUUUCCAGGUGACCAGACGCAUGAUCCAAGCGCAUGCGUACAGUCCAAGCGUAGGUCCACCGUCCAAGCGUGGAUUAAGCCAACAUGGGGAAAAGAAAGGGACGCCCAGGAAGGCUGAUCGCCAGAAAAAGACCCCGGAGGAGUGUUGAGGAAAUAUUUUUCGUCGAGGACGUUCUAGAGUUUAACGAGGCCACGGAUAUGUAUCGGGUGAAAUGGCAAGGCACUCCUGAAAUAACCUGGGAACCCUCUCAUCACUUCCAUCCCGAUUUGCUUCGUGCGUUCCAUGACGGUCCGGAUGGUUCCGAGGCUGCCACCGUGUCGGAGACCGGUAGCCUCGCAGGGGGCCACCAGUCCGGCGCGCAGUCGGACGCCCAGUCUGACGCCCAGUCCGACGAUCUGUCUGACGCCCAGCCCGACGAUCAGUCUGGCGCCCAGUCCGUCGUCCUCACGAGGAUGAUGACGCUGCCAGGACCGGUGGCUAUGCCGACGUCUCGUCCGGAUGGUUCCGAGGCUGCCAUCGUGUCGGAGACCGGUAGCCUCGCAGGGGGCCACCAGUCCGGCGCGCAGUCGGACGCCCAGUCGGACGCCCAGUCCGACGAUCUGUCUGACGCCCAGCCCGACGAUCAGUCUGGCGCCCAGUCCGUCGUCCUCACGAGGAUGAUGACGCUGCCAGGACCGGUGGCUAUGCCGACGUCUCGUCCGGAUGGUUCCGAGGCUGCCACCGUGUCGGAGACCGGUAGCCUCGCAGGGGGCCACCAGUCCGGCGCGCAGUCGGACGCCCAGUCGGACGCCCAGUCCGACGAUCUGUCUGACGCCCAGCCCGACGAUCAGUCUGGCGCCCAGUCCGUCGUCCUCACGAGGAUGAUGACGCUGCUAGGACCGGUGGCUAUGCCGACGUCUCGUCCGGAUGGUUCCGAGGCUGCCACCGUGUCGGAGACCGGUAGCCUCGCAGGGGGCCACCAGUCCGGCGCGCAGUCGGACGCCCAGUCUGACGCCCAGUCCGACGAUCUGUCUGACGCCCAGCCCGACGAUCAGUCUGGCGCCCAGUCCGUCGUCCUCACGAGGAUGAUGACGCUGCCAGGACCGGUGGCUAUGCCGACGUCUCGUCCGGAUGGUUCCGAGGCUGCCACCGUGUCGGAGACCGGUUGCAUCGCAGGGGGCCACCAGUCCGGCGCGCAGUCGGACGCCCAGUCUGGCGCCCAGUCUGGCGCCCAGUCCGACGAUCUGUCUGACGCCCAGCCCGACGAUCAGUCUGGCGCCCAGCCCGACGCUAAGCCCGACGAUCAGUCUGGCGCCCAACCCAACGUCCUCACAGCGAUGAUGACGCUGCCAGGACCGGUGGCUAUGCCGACGUCUCGUCCGGAUGGUUCCGAGGCUGCCACCGUGUCGGAGACCGGUAGCCUCGCAGGGGGCCACCAGUCCGGCGCGCAGUCGGACGCCCAGUCUGGCGCCCAGUCUGACGCCCAGUCCGACGAUCUGUCUGACGCCCAGCCCGACGAUCAGUCUGGCGCCCAGCCCGACGCUAAGCCCGACGAUCAGUCUGGCGCCGAGCCCGACGUCCUCAUGGGGAUGGUGACGCUGCCAGGACCGGUGGCUAUGCCGACGUCUCGUCUGGAUGGUUCCGAGGCUGCCACCGUGUCGGAGACCGGUUGCAUCGCAGGGGGCCACCAGUCCGGCGCGCAGUCGGACGCCCAGUCUGGCGCCCAGUCUGGCGCCCAGUCCGACGAUCUGUCUGACGCCCAGCCCGACGAUCAGUCUGGCGCCCAACCCAACGUCCUCACAGCGAUGAUGACGCUGCCAGGACCGGUGGCUAUGCCGACGUCUCGUCCGGAUGGUUCCGAGGCUGCCACCGUGUCGGAGACCGGUUGCAUCGCAGGGGGCCACCAGUCCGGCGCGCAGUCGGACGCCCAGUCUGGCGCCCAGUCUGACGCCCAGUCCGACGCCCAGUCCGACGAUCUGUCUGACGCCCAGCCCGACGAUCAGUCUGGCGCCCAGCCCGACGCUAAGCCCGACGAUCAGUCUGGCGCCCAGCCCGACGUCCUCAUGGGGAUGAUGACGCUGCCAGGACCGGUGGCUAUGCCGACGUCUCGUCCGGAUGGUUCCGAGGCUGCCACCGUGUCGGAGACCGGUAGCCUCGCAGGGGGCCACCAGUCCGGCGCGCAGUCGGACGCCCAGUCUGGCGCCCAGUCUGACGCCCAGUCCGACGAUCUGUCUGACGCCCAGCCCGACGAUCAGUCUGGCGCCCAGCCCGACGCCCAGCCCGACGAUCAGUCUGGCGCCGAGCCCGACGUCCUCAUGGGGAUGGUGACGCUGCCAGGACCGGUGGCUAUGCCGACGUCUCGUCCGGAUGGUUCCGAGGCUGCCACCGUGUCGGAGACCGGUUGCAUCGCAGGGGGCCACCAGUCCGGCGCGCAGUCGGACGCCCAGUCUGGCGCCCAGUCUGGCGCCCAGUCCGACGAUCUGUCUGACGCCCAGCCCGACGAUCAGUCUGGCGCCCAACCCAACGUCCUCACAGCGAUGAUGACGCUGCCAGGACCGGUGGCUAUGCCGACGUCUCGUCCGGAUGGUUCCGAGGCUGCCACCGUGUCGGAGACCGGUUGCAUCGCAGGGGGCCACCAGUCCGGCGCGCAGUCGGACGCCCAGUCUGGCGCCCAGUCUGGCGCCCAGUCCGACGAUCUGUCUGACGCCCAGCCCGACGAUCAGUCUGGCGCCCAGCCCGACGCUAAGCCCGACGAUCAGUCUGGCGCCCAACCCAACGUCCUCACAGGGAUGAUGACGCUGCCAGGACCGGUGGCUAUGCCGACGUCUCGAGGUCGCCAACCGAAGCCGUCAGCUAUGGUGAAGCCCGUUUAUCGCAAACCUGAACAAGCUGUGGUCGAUGACAGCUCCAGUGACGAGUCAGCGUCGGAUUCCAGCAGUUCAGCUAUCUCGGCCGAUGAACUGUGGCAGACACUGCUGAAUACGAGGCACAGCAGAGAUCGCGGUGAUCGCAGCGAACCUCGAAGCCCAGCUGGGCGAUGCGACCUUGGAAGCGAAGCGGGUCCCAGCGGAUACUGCCAGGAUGGAGCUGAAACAUCAGCAACGACGGCGACUCGGACUCACAUCAGCGACAGCGACUCAACAGCGACUCUACUCAGCGACAGCGACUCGGAUUCAUCAUACGCUCCAUCGGAAGACUCCAUGGUUCCUCCAUCUCUAAUAUCCAACGACGCAGACACUCGGUAUCCGGGGCUCCAGUUGAACUCCCCAAAUCAUUCAGUGUCGACCACGAACAACCCGACGAGACGACGAUGGGACAGACGUAACGUGUGCCCUUACUGCGAGGUACCCCAGGCCAAGUUUGCGAGGCAUCUUCAGUUGCGGCACGGAGAUGAGGUGGAAGUCCAAAAUGCUCUCUCCAAACCAAAGGGAAGCGGUGAAAGAAAAAUGGCGUUCCGAGCUUUGCAAAACAAAGGAAACUAUGCCCACAACGUGGCGGUGCGAGUAAACUCAAAACAAGGCGAUGUCAUACCAAGCAAAAGACCAUCAAAAACAAGUGAAAGGCGCGUGGAGGACUUUCUCCCGUGUGAGCAUUGUCUGGGAUUUUACUAUCGUAAGACACUCUGGCGGCAUAAACGUGUCUGUCCUCGGGCUCGCAGUGGACCAACCGGAGGCCGAAGCGUCCAGGCAGAUGCGAUGGCCCAGCUUCCCAUUCCACCUGGCUUGUCCGUCCGACUCGGAGAUGUUUUUAAGUCCAUGCGAAUGGAUGAGGUAACGCUCCUCUGCAAAACUGACCAAACAAUUAUCGCCUUUGGCGAGAAACUGCUCGCCCGUGUGGGUCCAGAGGCUCAUCAACUGAGGUACGUCAGUCAAAAGAUGCGGGAGCUCGGUCGUCUCUUGCAAGUCCUAAAAAAGACAUCCAAGGAAGCGAAGCUGAGCGAUUUUCUCUGUCGGUCGAAAUUCUAUGAGCUCGUAUCCGCCGUCCGGGAAGUUUGCAGCUUUGAUGAGAAGGAAAGCAAGUCGGGGCUGGCACUGAAAUUGGGCCAUUCUAUUAAGAAGUGUGCUACGAUAGUGCUGGCGAAGAAAAUCGAGAAGGGAGAGGACACGGAAUCGGUGGAUGCUUUCCUCCAGCUCCACCAGUUGGAGUGGACAGACCAGGUUUCUCGCUCUGCUCUGCGUAAGCUGGCAGACGGGAGAUGGAACAAGCCUAGUCUGAUCCCAGUGGCAGAAGACCUCAGCAAGCUCCAGACUUGUCUGGUCUCAGAACUACAGAAGAGCAAAGAGGAGCUCCUCAGUAACCCGUGCUCCAAAACCUACAAAGGCAUGGCCGAAGUGCUUUUGGCAAGGAUCAUCUUGUUCAACCGUCGCCGUCAAGGUGAGGCCGGUCGCAUGAAACUUACCGACUGGACGAACAGCGUUGACUCUGAAGCAAACAUCCCCAGCAGUGUGGCCGAAUGCUUGAGCCCUCUGGAAAAGCAUCUGGGGGCGAGUCUCAAGCGGGUCAUGGUUAGAGGAAAGCGUGGACGAGGCGUGCCCAUUCUUCUGACUAAGGAGAUGGUUGAGGCAGUCCAACUUCUGCUGGCGAAGCGUGAGGAACUGAACGUGGGUGGAAUGUACGUUUUUUCCAUCCCUUCGGGGCUUCACCCCCUGAGAGGCAGUGACUGUCUGAGAAAGUUUGUGCUUCAGUGUGGAGCAAACUCGCCCAGGAGUCUGACGUCGGGAGCUCUUCGCAAACAUGUGGCGACGAUGUCUCAACUUCUGAACCUUCGUGACAAUGAGAUGGACCAGCUGGCGACGUUCAUGGGACACGAUAUCCGUGUCCAUAGGGAAUUUUACAGACUUCCCGAUGCAACCGUCCAGGUGGCAAAGCUGAGCAAAAUGCUGAUUCUGAUGGAAAGUGGAAACACGGCCCACCUCAAGGGACAAAGGCUCGACGAACUGGAUGUGACCGUUCCUGACGCGCAAGAGUCAUCAAGUGAUUCUGAACCCGAUGACGGAAAUCCAGUGGAAGUCACCGCUGAAGUCACAGCAAAGGCGGAUAAAAAAGUGACGAAAAGACGACCUUGGUCUUCGAAGGAAAAGGACGCCGUGCACAGAAGCUGCGCGAGCUUCAUCCGGACCCUGAAGGUUCCAGGUCAGACUGACUGCCUGCGGGCUAUCGCUGAAGAGCCGGACCUAAAACAGCGGACUUGGAAGGAUGUCAAGUACCAGGUCCACAAUAUGAUUACGACCCGCAAGAGACGGGCGCUCAGAUAGGUGAAAAGGGCUUCACCAGUUCGGCGCCCAGUCCGGCGCCCAGUCCGGCGCCCAGUCCGGCGCCCAGUUCGGCGCCCAGUCCGGCGCCCAGUUCGGCGCCCAGUUCGGCGCCCAGUCCGGCGCCCAGUUCAGCGCCCAGUUCGGCGCCCAGUCCGGCGCCCAGUUCAGCGCCCAGUUCGGCGCCCAGUCCGGCGCCCAGUUCAGCGCCCAGUUCGGCGCCCAGUCUGAAGCUCAGUCUGGCGCCCAGUCCUUCAGUCCGACGCCCAGCCACCCAGUGGGCUCCCGUUUUUGUGGCAAAUACAGCAUCUGUCCUUUU